AUGCUGAAAGCCGCAGGAUCUUUUGGGAUAAACUUUCGUCUAUACAAUGGAUGCCCGUUCACGGUCUGGCCUGGAUGGCUCAACAACGGCGAUAGCCCGGCUCUUGGAAAUGGUGGCACGCAGCUAGAACCUUACACUUUUAUAGACUUGGGAACUCCAACAUCGGACUGGGGUGGCCGGUUCUGGGGCCGCAGGGGUUGCGACUUUCAAGGCAGCGGAUGCAGCACUGGGGAUUGUAACAAGCAGCUCUAUUGCCAAGGCAUAGGAGGAGCUCCCCCCUACAGCAUUGCCGAGUUUAAACUUGGUGGCGCCCCCAACACCGGCUUGGACUUCUACGACGUCUCUCUGGUUGAUGGCUAUAAUCUGCCCAUCCGGAUCACUCCCAGUAAGUCCGGCUGCCCCUUCACGGGUUGCCUGAGGGACGUGAUUCCGUGGUGCCCGUCCGAGCUCCAAGUUCACGAUUAUUCCGGAGUCGUGGGCUGCAAGAGUGCGUGCCUGGCGUUUGGCACGCCACCUUUUUGUUGCACGGGGGACUACUCCACUCCCCAGACCUGCAAACCCUCGUCCUACUCGAAAAUUUUCAAGGACAUUUGCCCGCUCGCGUAUAGCUACGCUUACGAUGACCCAAGCAGCACGUUUACUUGUUCCAAUGGUGGUGACUAUACGAUCACUUUCUGUCCAUAG